UUUAUUGUAGCAAAUGUAUUAAAAAUAGCGUUGAGACUAAAUUGAGCUCCGGUGCAUCCUGUUUCCAUUGAUCAUCCUUGAUGUUUCUACAACUUGAUUGGAGUCCACCUGUGGUAAAUUAAAUUGAUUGGAUAUGAUUUGGAAAGGCACACGUGUUAGUCACUGCGUGUUCCAGUGGCAUUGGUGGUGUUGCAGCUGAGCAGGAGCUGCGCGUGCCCAGCUAUUAACGAGGAUGCCAAGGAGCACGUGGGACAGGCACGGCUUGGUUUCUGCGUGUGCUUCUCUGUAAAGCUGGAAACACUAUAGCAUUGAGAUCCAAGAGAACAGCUCUUGGUAAUCGAAACCGGCUCAUAAGCCACUCAUCAUCAAUGGCCAGUAAAUCUUGUUGGUCUCUGAAAAUUCGCUCUCUCCGAAUUCUUCCAUUCUCCAAAUCUUCCAACAGUGCCAAAGCAGCCAUUGUGCGUCAUUACGCAUUGUAAUUGCAUGCCUUUUAUAUACCCACCCAUUUGAUUGUCAAAGCUACCUUCAGGUGCUGUAAUUACCCUGAUUCAGAGGUGGGACCCAGUCAUUGUUUUACAAGUCACCAGUAAGUCUCAAGUCUUAGCGCUCAAGGCAGAUCCAGUGCUCCCCCAGGCUGGCCCAGACCCACACCACGUUGAUGCUGGUGGGCUCUCACCUCCUCUUCGUCCUGCGCUCCCCCAUCCCUCCAUCCAGUGAUGGCGAUGAGUACCGACCCGGGCUGCAGAAGGGACGACCUCAGCCCUGACCCCGACCCAAUGACCCCUGACCGCAGUGACCUCACUGCCAUGAUGGCCACCGUGACUGUGACGACCACCGAGGCGGGCGGCUCACCGGCCAAUGGCGUGAGGAUUGGGGCUCAGCAAGGAGGAGCUAAGAAAGGCCCUGCUCAGCGGCCACACCUCUCAGGGAGGAAGCUGUCGCUACAGGAGCGGGGCACGUACCCAUCUGGGAGGUCAGGGGGGGCUCACGUCUCCCCCCGUGUGGUACGCAGACCCACCGUGGAGUCCAAACGCGUCUCCAUCUCAGACGCCGAGAACUGUAUCCAGCUGAACCAGUACAAGCUGAAGAGUGAGAUCGGAAAGGGCUCCUACGGGGUGGUCAAACUGGCCUACAAUGAGGAUGACGACAAACACUAUGCCAUGAAGGUGGUGUCCAAGAAGAAGCUGAUGAAGCAGUAUGGAUUCCCACGUCGCCCCCCUCCUAGAGGACCCAAGGUGGCGGUCCAAGGAGAGCAGCCCAAAGUCCUAGGCCCCCUGGAGAGGGUCUACCAGGAGAUUGCCAUACUCAGGAAGCUGGACCAUCUCAACAUAGUCAAACUGGUGGAGGUGUUGGAUGAUCCUGCAGAGGACAACCUCCACAUGGUGUUUGAUUUGAUGCCAAAGGGUCCAGUGAUGGAGGUUCCCACAGACAGUCCCUUCACUGAGGAGCAAACACGCCUCUACUUCAGAGACAUUGUCCUGGGCAUUGAGUACUUGCACUACCAGAAGAUUGUCCACCGGGACAUCAAGCCUGCUAACGUGCUGCUGGGGGAUGACGGCCAUGUGAAGAUUGCUGACUUUGGGGUCAGUAACCAGUUUGAGGGCAACGAUGCCCUGCUCUCCUCUACGGCUGGGACUCCUGCUUUCAUGGCCCCAGAGACCCUGUCAGAUAUCCACCAGAGCUUCAGUGGAAAAGCAUUGGAUGUAUGGGCCAUGGGAGUGACUGUCUACUGCUUUGUGUUUGGGAAGUGUCCGUUCAUUGAUGAAUACAUCCUGGUUCUACACAAUAAGAUCAGGACGAAAUGUGUGGAGUUCCCAGAGUCGCCAGAGAUCAGUGAGGAGUUGAAGACUCUUAUCCUGAAAAUGUUGGACAAAAACCCUGACACCAGGAUCACCAUACCUGAGAUCAAGUUGGACCCAUGGGUGACCCAGGACGGUUGUGAUCCUCUGCCUCUAGAGGAGGACCACUGCAGUGUGGUGGAGGUCACUGAAGAGGAGGUGCAGAACUCUGUCAAGUUUGUCCCCAGCCUGUCCACCGUGAUCCUGGUGAAGGCCAUGCUGCGCAAGAGAUCCUUCAGUAAUCCCUAUGAGUGUCCCAGGAGUAGAGCGGAGAGGUCCAUGUCUGCACCUAGCAACCUGCUCAUGGAUGCGUGGCCGUUCCGCCACUCUUUAAAACUCCACCCCUCUCUAAGAAAGGGCAGCAGUGGAGAGGGAAGUAGGGAGGGAGAGCUCGAAGACCUACAUGAAGAUGAACCCUUCUCCUGAAUCCCGUUCCUCCUCCUCUCCUCCGGUCAGCUCAGCUCAGCCCAGUUCUACACAGCCCUCUUAACCGCAAUCUUACGCUCCUACCUUCAGUGCUUCUGGACUGAAACAGUGUUUUUACUUUACUUACUCGUGUUUCGAUGUCACUUUACCUAGACAAUGCAUGGUGAACGUUAUCGCCGUUCAGAGACUCUCUAGGCACCAUUCACAGUGGACAAUAUUGGUGCCCUAAGAGCCAGCAUGACCAAGAGACUGGAGCAUGCAACUGACAUUAUUACGCCCCCUACCGUUUGAAACAAGACAUACACACAGGGCUUUUUUUCAGUAGUUUGAAGGGGCAAUCUGCAGACGCUUCAUACAUUUUUGGACUUAUAAAUGUAUUAAUUAUAUAUACGUAUGAUUCUUGAAGAAUAUAACUUAUAAAUGCCUCAUAAGCUUAGUUUAACUGUCAUACCACAUCAGAACCAAAAGCUUGUUUUACUCCAAUGUCUGUAAACACACACUGUAUAGCCUCAAAAUAUGCUUGACACUAUCAUUUGUAUAUAUUGAAGGGUCAGUCCUUGCAUCCAUAACUCUGUCUAUUAAUAUCAGAGUGUUUACAUUUUUCCAGGCCCAUCCUUCAGCUUUUUACCAAAACAGAGGGGAACCAUUUUGUUAUUGUUUCAUCUGCGGAUUGCCCCUUUAAUGCUGCAGCGUUGUACAUAGAUCAUAAAUGUGUGUGUCAGUGUAAUGUCAUUGUUGUCUAUCUCACCCGUACAUGCUAAGCUGUCAACAUAACCCUUAAGUAAUAAUAAUAAUAAUAUAUUUUAUUUUAAGCGCUUUACAAGACACCCAAAUUCACUUUACGUACACAAUCUAAUCUCCACGAUUAAAAGCAAUAAAAUCAUACAUUAAAAUGA